CCAUUUAAAACUUCUAGUACGGUCUCUGAGAUUUAAGGCGCCGUCAACAAAAGCAAAAGGGCGGGUUUAUCGAGGGGUUUUGGUGUAUUUUGCGUUCCACAACUUCCAUCCACAUUCCAGAAGCAUUCUUCUUCCUCUACUCAUGAAGCAUUUUCUGAGAAAAUUUUCAACUCGGAACCGGAUUGCCGCCAUCGCCGCUGCAGGGUCUGCUUUUUUGUACACCAACGGCAGCAGAAACUCCGACUAUACGGCUUCAGUGUCAAUCCCUGCGCCAUUGCCCAAAUCGCUGCGGCUUCCAUGGCAAACGGAGCUAUUGGCUCCGCUAUUUUCUGUGGGAAAUAGACCAGUUCCACCUUCAGAUAUAAGGAAGGAUAUUUAUGGUGUUUCCCCAUCUGAAGAGACCCCAAAGCCAUGUUCUGGAUGUUUGGGCAGAGAUUCUUUCGCAAAGGCAGCUGCGAAGGUUGGUCCUGCUGUUGUCAACAUCUCUGCUCCACAGGGUGCAUAUGGGAUCACUCCGGGAAAGAGUAUAGGCUCUGGAACUAUUAUUGGCGAGGACGGUACAAUUUUAACAUGUGCUCAUACUGUAGUUGAUUUUUAUGGCCUGAGAGCUUCAUCAAAGGGGAAGGUUCAUAUCACUUUGCAAGAUGGUAGAACAUUUGAAGGCACCGUGGUCAAUGCAGAUUUACAAUCCGAUGUGGCUAUAGUAAAGAUCAAUUCUAAAACCCCACUGCCAAUAGCAAAGCUCGGCAGUUCGCGUAAACUUCAACCUGGGGAUUGGGUGAUAGCUGUUGGUUGUCCACUUUCACUUCAGAAUACCGUCACAGCUGGUAUUAUAAGUUGUGUUGACCGAAAGAGCACUGAUUUGGGUCUUGGUGGAGUGCGGAGAGAGUAUUUACAGACAGAUUGCGCAAUCAAUCCGGGCAAUUCUGGGGGGCCUUUGGUGAAUAUUGACGGAGAAGUGAUUGGUGUUAAUAUUAUGAAAGUACUUGCUGCUGAUGGAUUGAGUUUUGCCUUCCCAAUUGAUUCAGUCACCAAAAUCAUGGAGCACUUCAAGAAAAGCGGGAGGGUUGUUCGGCCUUGGGUUGGACUAAAGAUGAUCGAUCUCAAUGAGAUGAUCAUCAAUCAGCUUAAAGAAAGAGAUCCUACAUUCCCAAAUGUGAAGAAAGGCAUUCUAGUGCCAAUGGUAACUCCUGGAUCGCCUGCUGAACGAGCUGGGUUCUGUCCUGGUGAUGUUGUUAUUGAAUUUGAUGGAAACGCUGUUGAGAGCAUCAAGGAGAUCAUUGAAAUAAUGGGAGACCGAGUCGGGGUGCCCAUCAAGGCAGUCGUUAUACGAGCGAGAGACGAGAUAGUGACUUUAACGGUGAUCCCAGAGGAGUCCAAUUCAGAUAUGUGAUUGGAAAGCGUUUAGGUUUCAUACAGCCGACCUCAUUUAGCAGUUUAAAGCUUUAUUGUUGUUGAAUGAAAAGCGUUUGUGUACAAGAUGUUUGCUGUGUCCGAUUCCUGUAAAAUCCCGUGACGAAAAAGUACAAGAGUGUAUGCAUUAGCCAGCCAGUUUGUACGUGUUCAUGUAAGCUCGAAAAAACACUCUCUAUAUUGAUGUGAAUCGUUUUGUAACUCAAAUAUCGUCUAUUUCUUCCUUCAUUGGACGAAGAACGUAGCGUGGACUUGUAUCUAA